CAUAUUUGCAAGUGCCUCGCACAUCACCGCAAGUGCUCUGUCCCAUCAGUGGCAGCGAAAUUACUCCGCUCAGCAAGCACGCCGGCCGCCGAAAUUCGGAAGCAAAAAAACUGGUGAGGUAAAAAAAAACAAAUCUACUUAUUAGCACGAAAGCCCACUGUGGUGGGAUGCUGACCGUUUUUUACAUCACAAUUGUUGUCUUCCCGGAGAUAACCUAGCCACUGGCAUAGCGCGCGGUGCGCCGCGAUGUUCACAAAACUGAUCCUUUUCGUGAAGUGGCCACUUUUCACCUUCAUUGUUUUUCAAACAACUAGUCUUUUCGGCGUCCAGGCAAAUGAAUUGAUAUUAGUUGAUAAUUCCGUCAUUACCGUGACAAACCACACCACGUUUGCAGUCUACGUGCCAUACACCUUAAUAUAUUUCACCUAUUGGGGAGGUGGAAUAAAACAGGAGCUUAAGUCUGAACCUCAGGCUCAGUCUCGAAUACUCGGCGGAACAGCGGCGGUGGCCGAACAGUUCACUUUUUACAUUUACGUUGAGGCCACCAAAUAUAACGGAAUUGUAAAAUGCGGCGGUGCCCUGCUCUCUGAAGAUUGGGCAAUAACAUCGGCCACCUGUGUUGCUGCAGCCGCGACGAUUCAGGUGUACGCGGGAAUCAUCGCGCCUCCGACCGCGACCGACACCAUGGUGUACGCCAGAGCCAUUAUCCAUCCCCAGUUUAGGUUCAACUACAAAGUGCACAAUCUGGCACUUCUGAAAUUCAGGGCUUCAAUACCACUUGGAAUUUCGAUUGCGCCAAUAAGAAUUUUAGCCUAUGACCUGUCCAAAGUCAGAACUGACUUAACGCUGCGGACAAUGGGACUUGGAACGUCAGACGAUUCAACUGACGUUGGUACCGAAUUACAGUAUGUAGAUUUGCCGCGGAUUAGACGGCAAUUCUGCAACAUUCAGACCUCAAAUUCUUUCAUUGACUACCCACUAAACACCGAGUGUUUGGGCACGGAGGGAGGGUCAAAAGGAUUCUGCUUUGUCGACAUUGGCGGUCCAGUGGUUUACGUAACACCCGGCACUCAACCCAACGUUGAGGAUUUCAAGUUGGUCGGAAUCAACUCGGAAUUCGUGGGCUGCCCAAGCAAUCAGCCGAUGGCCUUCACCAGACUGGCUCCUUACGUUUCUUGGAUUAGAGUACAAACAAAGAACACUUUUUUCUCUUAGUAACAAUUCUUUGAUGGAUUUCGUAGACUGCGAUAUCAGUUUUUUUCUUUUAAAAAGUGACUAUAAGAAAAAUCCGCUGCUAUUAAUGGUCAAAUUUAAAUUAUAAUUAGUGCAAAAUUAUAGCAUAAAAUUAGCAAAAUGCUGCGAAAUUAUAUAUCUAACAAUGUGUACAAUAAAGCUUAAAAAGCUUUUCCCGCAAAAAACUUAUUGCAAUAGCAAUUAAGUAUAAUUUAACCAUUAUAGAUAGCAAUACCAGGUGCCUAAUUGUAUUUUAGUUAUGUUUUGCUGCAAUAAAAAAAUAGUAAGUAUAGAAGUGAAGUGACGUUUUACAACUGGCAGCGCUCAUAAAUUUGGCUUAAUAUUACACUAGAAGAAAAACAUAAUAUUUACAAUUUUUCUAUGUACAGCAAUUAAAAUGAGUUGUUCCUGCAAUAAAACAAUCUUCAACUUCUGAAAAUUCUGCAAUAAUUUGUUCCAGUAAAACUUUAUGAAAGCAAUUAAAUCAUUACGCUGUAUGUGCCAUGAAUAGAUGUUUGUUUUAUUUUAGCACAUUGAUUGAGAGACAGAAAUCGAUUAUUAUGAUAGACUUUGAUUUUUAAACAAAAUUGUUUAGGAGAAAAAAGUUAAAAAAAAAAAUCAAAUAAGCAUUGCAGACUUGUAAUAAAGUGAAUUAUUCAAUAGCACCUUAAUAUGUACAAUUAGAAUCACAUUGCUUGAAAAAUUUAAUUAAAAAUAUUAAUAAUAGCAAUAGUUUUACAUGCGAUUAAAAAAAAAUAUGUGGAAAAUACGUGGUGCUGGCACCCUUUUAUAGAACGAAAGAAGUGUGUCCCGUAAAAUAUAGGCUGAGAAAAUGCUCUGCAUCAUAAACCUGUUUUAAUGACGACGAGAUUAUGUUCAAUAAAAUGUUCUCGCUCAACACCAGAUUUUUUUUUG